AUGGAGAAAUAUGUGAAGCCGGCCUUGUCCACCGAAGAGGAGAUAGGCGGGGACUGGGCACCCUCUGGAGCCGCCAAAGAGCCGGUCCCGUGUCCAGCCGGCAGCCUGGACCUGCACCCAGGCGGGCUCCGCGGAAGGGGCGGGCUCCAGGGCGGCCACCCGCCCGCCCGGCCCUCAGAGGCCGCUUCCCCCAGGGUGCGCGCCCCUCCGCUGCCUGUGCCCUUGGAGCCUUCUCUGCCGUCUCAGCUUCGAUCACCUCUCAGCAGAAUCCGUUCUCUGUCUGGAAAACCUCGCUCGGGUCCGCGAGCUGUCCAAGGACCGAGCUGCGGCGUGGUACCCCGUGCACCCCUAGUCCUGGAGAGCGCAUCCUCUCAACUUCUGUUCUGGAAGCCAGACCGCUGGGGCACUUCGGGGGCCUUUCCCUCCGGUGUGGUUACUGAGCUGGCGGUUUGGUUAGGAAGAAAAGAAAAGAAGCGAUGCCUCGGAGCGGCUGCGCCAAGGUGUCAGCAGUCCAACCCAAGUGCCAGGCACCAAUGUCUUUCUCUGGUUGAGGUCGUUGCGAGCUCCCGGUGCAGGCAGCUAGGCGUCCGGCAGCAGCGCUCAUCUCCCUUCUCUCGGGCAGAAGCUCCCAGUCUGGAAGUCUGCAGCCUGCGCGCCCCUCGAAGAUCCAAGCCCCGCGCAACCGGCCCACCUGCGUCGGUACCACCCAAAGCAACCAGAUGCAUUUUCAGAAGCCAGGACUCUGGGGAUGUGAUAUCUACACCACCUAAUAACUGUACCUGGUAGGGAUAUUGAAUAAGUCUGAGAGUGCUGUUAAGUUUUUCCGGACAGAAUCAUCUUUGCGGAUGCAAUUGCAGAACAGGAAACAGACUCAGGGAAAAUUUUAGCCCCCCCAAAUCUCAUUGGCUAUUUGCACAAGCUAAGCCACAACAAUCGCUCCUGCCACACAACGGAUCCCUUUCAGUACUCGCAGCCGUGGACAGCUCCCUCACCUCGCGGUCUGUUCCUCCGCAGUGAGC